UCCAGUCAGAACAGUAGAGCCUUUGUUGUAGAUCCGAAAGACUUUUUACUUCUUACAUUACCGUACUUUAGUUAGACUGAGAAGAGAGAGUUGUUGGUAGCUGAAAAAAAUACACAACGGAGAGAUGAUCUCUCAGUUCUUCGUUUUGUCUCAGAGAGGCGAUAACAUCGUCUUUCGUGAUUAUCGCGGAGAUGUGCCAAAAGGAAGUGCCGAGAUAUUUUUCCGGAAAGUGAAAUUCUGGAAAGAAGAUGGAGAAGAAGAGGCACCACCUGUCUUUAACCUGGAUGGAGUGAACUACUUUCACGUGAAGGUUGCUGGAUUGAUCUUUGUUGCUACAACAAGGGUUAAUAUGUCACCUUCUCUUGUUUUGGAGCUUUUACAAAGAAUUGCACGUGUUAUUAAGGAUUAUCUUGGUGUUCUGAAUGAGGACUCUUUUAGAAAGAAUUUCGUCCUUGUAUAUGAAUUGCUGGAUGAAGUUAUAGACUUUGGUUAUGUACAAACAACAUCUACUGAAAUGUUGAAGUCUUAUGUAUUUAAUGAGCCAAUUGUGGUUGAUGCUGCACGUUUGCCACCCCUUGGCCCCGCUGCCAUGUUCAUGCAAGGGACCAAAAGGAUGCCGGGUACAGCUGUAACAAAAUCUGUUGUAGCAAAUGAACCUGGAGGCCGAAAGAGAGAGGAAAUUUUUGUUGACAUAAUCGAGAAAAUAAGUGUAACAUUCAGCUCAAGUGGUUAUAUACUCACGUCCGAGAUCGAUGGUACCAUCCAAAUGAAGAGUUAUCUUUCAGGAAACCCAGAAAUACGUCUAGCUCUGAAUGAAGACCUGAACAUAGGAAGAGGCGGGAGGUCUAUUUAUGAUUAUAGUAGUUCUGGUGGAGCAGGUGCAGUGAUAUUAGACGAUUGCAACUUCCACGAAUCAGUUCAUGUCGAUAGUUUUGAUAUGGACCGAACUUUGUCACUGGUCCCCCCAGAUGGUGAAUUUCCUGUCAUGAACUACCGUAUGACCCAGGAAUUCAAGCCUCCUUUUCGUAUUAAUGCACUGAUUGAAGAAGCAGGGGCAUUUAAGGCUGAAGUUAUACUUAAAGUACGUGCUGAGUACUCAUCAAACAUCACUGCAAAUACAGUUGCUAUACAGAUGCCGCUGCCAAAAUAUACUACUAGAGUAAGCUUUGAGUUGGAACCUGGAGCAGUUGGAAACACUACUGAUUUCAAAGAAUCAACUAAGAAACUUGAAUGGGGGUUGAAGAAGAUUGUUGGUGGGUCUGAACACACUCUCCGUGCAAAACUUACUUUUUCACAGGAAUCACAUGCAAAUAUCAUGAAAGAAGCUGGGCCUGUAAGCAUGACUUUCACAAUACCGAUGUAUAAUGCUUCAAAGCUUCAGGUAAGAUACUUGCAAAUAGCGAAGAAAUCCAAGACCUACAAUCCAUAUCGGUGGGUGAGAUAUGUCACUCAGGCAAAUUCUUAUGUUGCUCGCUUGUGAGAAAGACAAUCAACAACUAAGCACCCUUGCCUACAAAAACUCACCUGCACAUUUGCUGUUCUUCUGUACUGUCAAAUUGUUUUUCUUGUGAGGACUUUAUUAAUAUGCUACAGAUGAGUUGAAAAAUUAUAGAUGAAAACCUUACCUAUGAAGGUGAGUUUAGGCUUUUUGUACUGAACUAUAACCUGGGUCGGCAUAUAUCAUUAUUUAAUACCUCUGGAUCAGGACCUGAUGUUUAAUACCUCUGGAUCAGGACCUGAUGUUUAAUA